UCCAGGAACCCACUUCCGGCCUGGACUCGGCCGCUGCCUGUGACCUGAUCGUGGCGCUCAAGCACCUGGUGAAGACCGAGCACCGCACGGCCGUCGUGACCGUGCACCAGCCCUCGUCGCGGAUCUUCUACAUGUUCGACAAGGUCCUGCUGCUGUCCAACGGCCGGCUCGCCUAUUACGGAGACGUUUGCCAGGUUGUGAACCACUUCACGAGCCUCGGAUUCCACAUCGCGCCUCACUACAACCCUGCAGAUUUCAUCCUCGACAUGGUCCGCGGGUCGUCCGAGGUGGAGGAGACGCUGGUGGCGGCUGCUGCAGCAGCGGGCGGGAAGAUGGCGUGCUGCAACCGCAACUGCGCCCAGUACGCGCCCUCGUCGCGCCAACACAUCGCCAGUCACAACACCCACCACCACCACCAGCAUCAUAAUCAGUUCUCGAGGACCAAGAGCCACCGCCAGAAGGACGCCGCCGCCGGACGGUCGCGCAACGCGAGCGAGGCCAGCGACGGCGGGCUGCAGAGGCGGUGCUCGUGCUUCGACGCCGGAGGAGGAGGCGGCGGGGGUGGCGGCGGCGGCAUGGACGUCGGCGGAGAAAGGGCGGCACUCGCGGGCAGAACCGCCGCCAGUAUUAGACACGGACAGCGGUGCGCCUGCGGCGGCAGACCGCGCGUCGUCGCCUUCAGGAACAUCAACAACGUCGCGGAAAAAGUUUGCAGGCGUUCGUUGACGUCUCAGUUCCCACGAAAGCGAAACUCUGGUCAGAAGAAGAAGAAGAAGGAGGGGGGGGGGGCGGAAGGCGACGAGGGGAGAACUUUCAAAACGAAAAACAAAAGCCUGUCCGAGUGGUCCAAGAGCGAGGAGCACGAGUCCAACUGGAGCCUCCUGCAUGGAGACGAGCGCCACGUGUUGCCCGGAGGCAAGUCGGUGGCGUCCCGGGACGCCGUGCUGCUGGAUGACGGACGCACGGGGUUCCGUGUCGGCAGUCUGGACGAGGACGACGACGACCAUCACAACCACGACCACGACGAUGACCGCCAUCCUCAUCAGAAUCACCACCACCACCACCACCACCACCACCACAGCAGUCACAGUCACCACCACCAUCAUCACCCUCACCGGCGCCACCCGAACAAGGCCUCUUCGGAUGCCGUGGUGCACUUCCAUCAGAUGGACCCGCACGUCGAGCUCCGAGCCCUGCUGGACCCGACGAAGCGCUUCGAAGCCGGCUCGCAAGACGAGGAGGACAGCGGACGGUCGAGUUGGAGCGACGAGUGCAAGAGCACGUGCUCGUGUUGCGACGAGCGACGGAACCCGGAUGGGCUGGACAUGGACCUGGACGCCCAUCAGCAGAACCACGACCUGGAUCCCGUCGUCGUCGUGGACCUCAUGGGGCACGACGAGGACCAACACCACCACCACCACGACCACGACCACGACGACCACGACCCUCAUCACCGUCGCCAACUCGUCGACGCCGGCGUGGGCCUCCUGUUGCCCGGGCUGACUACGAACAGUGCAGCAGGCAAGCAGGGCCAGCAGCAGCAGCAGUCGAGACCGACAUCGACUAAACUGUCGACGACGACGACGACGACGACGUCAUCGACCGGCCAGCAGGACCAAGGCGCUGACGUGCCGAAAUGGCCGACCUCGUUUUGGACCCAGUUCAAGACUCUUAUUUCCUCGGUUGACAUCACGUCUCUCUAUGCCUGUCUGUCUGUCUGUCCGUCACGAAUGCGACGACGUCACAUCCGUCGCGAAACUGAAUGCCAGUGUCCCCCGACCCUGAACUGA